GCGCGGCCGCCGGCAGCAGAGCAUGGCGCCGUGGACGGUCUGGCGCUGCUGCCAGCGUACGGUGGGCUGGGUGCCGGUACUCUUCAUCGCCUUCGUGGUGGGCUGGUCCUACUACGCGUACGUGGUGGAACUGUGCGUGUUUACUAUUUCUGGGAAUGGAGAAAAUGGAAAGGCCGUUGUUCACCUUGUGGCUUUCCAUUUGUUCUUUGUUAUGUUUGUAUGGUCCUAUUGGAUGACAAUUUUCACAUCUCCCGCUUCCCCCUCCAAAGAGUUCUACCUGUGCAAAGCUGAAAAGGAACGUUAUGAAAAGGAAUUCAGUCAAGAAAGACAGCAAGAAAUUUUGAGACGAGCUGCAAGGGACUUACCUAUUUAUACCACAUCAGCUUCAAGGACCAUCAGAUAUUGUGAAAAAUGUCAGUUGAUUAAACCUGAUCGUACGCACCACUGCUCAGCAUGUGACUUAUGUAUUCUUAAGAUGGAUCAUCACUGUCCUUGGGUGAAUAAUUGUGUGGGAUUUUCUAAUUACAAAUUCUUCCUGCUGUUUUUAUUGUAUUCCCUAUUAUACUGCCUUUUCGUGACUACAACAGUUUUACAGUACUUUUUAAAAUUUUGGAUGAAUGAACUGUCAGAUACACGUGCAAAAUUCCACUUGCUUUUUCUUUUCUUUGUGUCUGCAAUGUUCUUCAUCAGCAUCCUGUCACUUUUCAGCUAUCACUGCUGGCUGGUUGGAAAAAAUCGAACAACAAUAGAAUCAUUCCAUGCACCCACAUUUUCAUAUGGACCUGAUAGAAAUGGUUUCUCUCUUGGAUACAGUAAAAAUUGGAUACAAGUCUUUGGUGAUGAAAAGAAAUAUUGGCUACUUCCAGUAUUUUCAAGCUUGGGUGAUGGUUGCAGUUUUCCAACUCGCCUUGUUGGGAUGGACCCAGAACAAGCUUCUGUUACAAGCCAAAACGAAUAUGCCAGAAGUGUUGGAUCAAAUCAAACCUUUCCUAUCAAACCACUUAGUGAAUCAAAAAACCGAUUAUUGGACAGUGAAUCUCAUUGGACAGAGAAUGGAUCUGAAGAAGGCAGCAUCAGAUCAGGGACAAAUAACCAUGUUACAGUGGCAAUAGAAAAUUGAGUACCACUUGUUCAUAACUAACCAUUUGAAUAAGAGCAAGGAUUAUAAAAACGCAUUAUGAACUGAUAUUUUCAGUUUCAUUUGGAAAAAAGUGAUCAAUGAAAUGAAAUAAUGAGAGUAUAAAAGAAGAUAUAUUUUUUAACAAAGGAAGCCUUUGUACAAAUUGCUGGAUCCACAGAAGGACUACUCCAGAGCAGGAAGAUGCCUUAAUCUUAAAUGUCCAUGUGUGCAACAUUGACUUACAGCUACAAAAGUGACUUAAUUUUACUUUGGAAAUAAUACUUACCUUUUAUGAAAUGGUAUAACAUGAGC